AUGACCUUCAUAAGUCAUAAAUCAAACCACUUUCCCAUCUCGUCCCUACGAACAGAAUGCGACUACGAGGACGAGAUCUACUACGUCGGCGAGACCUUCGAGUCGUUCUACGACCCCUGCACCGAGUGUCGCUGCGACUACCCUGAUGUCACGUGCUACCCUCGGUACUGCCCGGCGCCAACGUGCAUGUACCCGGCGCCAGACGCCGACGGCUGCUGCCAAAUGUGCUACAACUGCCUGUUCGAGGGGAUCCUCUAUCACAACGGGCAGCACUUCCCGGAUCCGAGUGAUCCGUGCGCGCAGUGCUCCUGCAGGAUGGGGGAUAUCCAGUGCACAGCCGUCCCGUGCGAUCGCCCCCGAUGCCCAUACCCAGUGCCAGGGAGAUGCUGCCCCGAGUGCGGAUCCGGAUGCCAGUACGGUGACGUCAUCAUUCCGGACGGUGGAAUGUUCCCCAGUGGCAUGGCCGAGUGCCAGGAAUGCAUCUGCCACGCUGGGUAUGUCACUUGCGUCCCCACGAGGUGUCCGGACGUCUAUUGCACGCAUCCUGCGACUGUAGGAUGUUGUCCUCACUGUGAAGGUUGUUUGUUCGAGGGGCGAGACAUCGAGAACGGAAUGGUAUUUUCCCACCCUGGCAAGCCUUGUGAGGAGUGUCGGUGUACUGCAGGGUCAGUUACUUGCAACCCUUUGAAGUGCCCCGAGGCACCUUGUACGCACCCAAGGGUCGUCAACUGCUGCCCUUCGUGUUCCGUCGGCUGCAGGUACCACGAGACCCUCCUGGAGGAGGGGGAAACCAUCUUCUCCCCUAGUGACCCCUGCCACACCUGUCUGUGUAAGAGGGGCUCCGUGAAAUGUGCAAGGAGGAAGUGCCCGGAUCUCUCGUGCCCCGUCGAGAGCCAGAUCCCGGGAGAAUGCUGCCCUCGGUGCCCGACGAGUCACUGUCUCUACGAGGAUAAGGUCUACCCUCACGAUGCCCGGUUCACUGAUCCUUACACUUGUCAGGAUUGUAUCUGUCAGGAAGGUCGAGUGGAGUGCUCGGUCCUCCUUUGCCCAGAGCUGUCGUGCCCGAAUCAGGUCAGAGUGAAUGGAUCCUGCUGUCCGAUAUGUGACCAAUCUUGCGAAUAUAAUCAAGUUCGUUACACUGCUGGGCAGAAAUUCACACCAGAGGACCGGCCGUGUCAGAUCUGCACUUGUGAGGAGGGCGAAAUAGUAUGCGACGACGUUCCCUGUGGCCUCCCAGACUGCACCCACCCGAUACCAGCUGAUUUAAAUGAAUGCUGUCCAUUCAGCUGUAGUGGCUGCAGUUUUGAAGGGAAGACGUUUGCUGAUGGGCAGUCAUUCAACCAUUCGUGCUCCAGCUGUCAGUGUCAGGUAGGGAAUAUCACCUGCUCCCCAAUUAAGUGUCCUGAACUGAAGUGUGACGUGCCAAUCGUGCCCGAAGGCGAAGGCUGCUGUGCCACGUGCCCCUCCUGUCACCACAUGGGCAUAACCCUUCCUCCUGAGUACAGGUUCAUAGAUCCUGACCAGCCUUGUUCACUGUGUGUGUGUCAUAAUGGUGAAGUGACCUGUUUCCAUGAAACAUGUCCUGCGGAGGAUUGCAGACCAGGCGAAGUGUUUCAGAAGCUGCAACCAGAGGACUGUUGCCCUGUGUGCAUGAACUCUCUGGAUGCAAUUAACUCCAAUGCACGCGGAACAUAUGACGAAGUGGGUACAGAGGACAUUCAGUAUUACGCGCAUGAGCAGAAGAAAGAGGAAAGGAUCAUCUUCCAAUUGGAAAAGGGAUUGGGAAGCAUACAGACAUUUGUUUACAACAAAGAUGUUUCGAAGGGAGGUUCUUUGAACGAGACUUUGGGCCAAGAAGAGCCUUCUGCCAUAGAUGAGGGGCAUGUGGAAGGGAGCUUAGAAGAUGAUUUUCUGAGAAAUGUUUCCUUAGCUGCUGGAGAAGAACCUGAGCUUGUCUCUGUGAAUCUCGAUCAGUUAGAGGAGCAGUAUAGACCAGAAUUUCAUGCAAAUGAGCCAGACGUCCUUGGAUUGAAUAUUACGUCUUCCACGAGUGAAUUUUCAACACAAAACGUGUCAAAAGAAGAAGGUGAGGAUGAAUCAGCAGAAACACCUGAAAACUCCACAGAAAUCACCACUACACUGUCACCAGCAGCUCCAGAUGAGCAUGAUUUUAAUGAAACCUUCAGUAACUUUGAAGACUCAAAUGAUACCACUGCUGGGAAUACCACUGCUGUUCCCAGCAGUAAUUCCUCAAUAAGCCAACAAGAACUUGCCCAAAGGAUUAAUUCGAAAUUGAAAGAUCUCACAUUCAAUGUGGCUCUUCCUUCAGACAAAGAACAGCUGAAAUUUAAUGUGAAGAUAAAAGUUUCCAAAAGAAUGAACGAUUCUGACACUGAAAUACCCAGAGGAGUCACCAAGAGGAAAUGCCGUGGGAAAAAUCCUUUCAACAUUGUGCAGAUAUCGGAAAGUGAACCACCUACACCUUCAAAUAUCUCAGUUUUCACCUCAAACUCAAAUGAAAAUGACACAUCACUAUCAUUGAACGAGGUAUCUGAUGAUAUAGAAGGAACACAGAGACCUCCUGCAUCACUGUUACUACCGAAUAUUAGUACAGAUGAUAGUGAUAAUAUUACUAGCACUACACCUAAACAUCAAGAGACACUGAUUAUAACCAGUGACCAUGCUCCGUCAGUUUCUAAUUAUGCCUAUCUUGAAAGAGAAAAAGAGAUUCUUGAACACAUAAUUGCAGAGGGUGUGAAGCUAUCAGAGUUUCAAAAUGAAUCUGGUAAUAUAAAUGAAGAAAAUAUUGAUAUAACAACAGUAACACCAUUGUCUUCGACAUCUACAACAGAGGCCCCAGACAGCAGUAAAGAUAGUCAGCUAGACACUGUGUUUUCAGUACUGCCUUCAAGGUCUGUAGAACUUUCUACCUCCAAACCAGACCUGACAAAGGAAUUUGAGAGCUCUGAAAUUCCUAAAGAGGGGAGUUCAACUUCAUUAGUCGAAGAUUUUAGUGAGUCUAUUAAUGAACAACACUCAAUUCCUUCUCCUCCAUACUCCUCAAUACAUCACCCAGAGGCUGUGACAUAUUCAACAGAAUCCCCGAGUGAUGAUUUUUACUCAAUUUCUACCUCUCCAAGUGCUACUCAGUCUCACAGUUUGUCUUCAGCUGGGAUUCAGUCAACAGAAGCAACCCCUCAUUUGACUAGCCCAUUUCCUCUUCACGUUGCAAAUAGUAGUAUAAUGGAAGAUUUAACUACAUCUAUAAUAGCAAGUAAUGAUAUCCCUGUUACCAUUUCACCAUCUCCAUCAUCUAAGGAAGAUUCUAUGGAUACUAGUUUGGAGGAUUACAAAAAUUUAGGAAACUCUCGAGCUGAUACAGAGCAGACAACAUCUCCUGCGAACGUUCUAGUUGUAUCAACUGCAUCGUCUGAGACUCUCCCAUCUGAAUCUUCAAUUCUUUUGAUGAUGAAUGGAACAAGAUAUCCUACCACAGAUUCACCCGACAAUUCUAACUCAAAAUCUGAACCAGGUUAUUCUGAACUAUUUGGAGAAAACGGGGAAACAAAUCUUGUUAGUUUUGAAGAAAAUCCUGUUCUCAUUACAGCAGCUUCCACAGAUGCCUCCUCCCUAGAUUUAGAUGUGGCGACAGAGGCUGCUUUGUCAUUUCUUGAAUCGUCUGUGACAACAGAACAGGGUUUUGCUAACGUCUCAAAUGUCACAGAUUUACGUCCAACAUCCUUAGGAGAAGUGACGGUAACUGCAAUGCCAACAAGUAAUUCGACAUCUACAUACUUGCCGCUUGGAGGCCACUGUGAUUUUGAAGAAGUGGGAAAAUCUGUCAGUUUACCAGAUGAUCCUUGUACUAACUGCACCUGCAAUAGCAGCCUUCACUGGGAAUGCAGUCAAGUUUGGUGUCCCCCACUUGACUGUCCACUCGAGGAAUUAUAUUUACACGAGGGAGAGUGCUGUCCAAUAUGCAAAGCAUGUGAGGUUUCCAUUGGCAACCAACUCCUGCAGUAUGGAGAGGGCGAAAGUUGGUCAGACCCCAGGAAGCCAUGCAGUGUGUGUGUCUGCCAUAAUGGUCAUUCUCGCUGUUCUGCCAGUCACUGUAUAUCUCCUCCCCAAAUCUACAGUCCAGCAGACUGUCUAGGAGUUACUUGUCCAGAGUUAAAAUGCACAGAGAGCCAAGAGGAGAGGUAUAACCCUGGUGCAUGUUGCCCUGUUUGUGCCCCAGCUAGCCAGCGAUGCGUUUGGUGGGGACGUCACAUACGGACAUUUGAUGGUCUCCUCCUGCAGCAUCGUUCUCAGUGUGCUUACACUUUCCUCCAACACUGUCCAGAGACACUUUUCACUAUAUACACCAAGUUUGGAGAUUCUUCUAGAGGUCUAGCAGUGGUGGUAGUAACAGUGGUAGUUGGCGAGGUUGAAAUAGAGCUGGGACAGGACGGUGGUGUUACUGUGGAUGGAAUAAAGGAAUCGCUUCCACACAUAACCUCUACUACUGCCAUCUAUUCCCAUGGGCAUAACGUAGUGCUCAUUACAAAUAAUGGUCUUCAGGUUGUGUGGCAUGUCAGGGGUCAAGUGGAGGUGGUCGUUGGGGGUGAGCACAUGGGCAAGACGUGUGGCUUGUGUGGAAACCUCAAUAACCAUCCACAAGACGAUUUUAGUUUACCUUCAGGGCUGCAGUCUACGAAUAUCGAGGAGUUUUUAGAAAGCUGGAGUAUCGGGGAGAAGUGCGUAGCCCCCGAGCCUCAACGUUUUUGCUCAAAAUCUGGGGCAGCUUUGGAUUCCCAUUCUUAUGGUUAUGUUAACAGGAGCUGCUCAAUUCUGAAGGGCCCAAGUUUCCAAAAAUGCCACCGAGUCGUGCCUCCAGAUCCUUACAUAGAAGCCUGCAUAACGGAAGUAUGUGGCUGCCAGGAGGAAACGCGGUCUGUCUGUUUGUGUGAUUCUCUUCACCUGUAUUCGACUCUUUGUACUCGUGCUGGAGUCAUCCUGAACUGGAGGACAUCUUAUUUAUGCGAACCAUCAUGCCCCCUGGGGAUGGUGUGGUCCGAAUGUGUCCCAGCCUGUGGACCAGCACUCUGCGGCCCUCCACCAGCAUCCAGGACGGUGAAACACAACUCUUUUGUUUCUUUCCUCUCAGCGGUAUCUUCGCACUCCGUUUCUUCGCACGAAAAUACCCCCGCCCAGAAAUGCCCAGGUCCUUGCGUGCCAGGAUGUACGUGCCCACGAGGGUAUGCUCUGCAGAAUGCCACGUGCAUCCCCUUGACCGAGUGUUUGUAGGAGAUUGUGACAGUACUGAUUUAUUGUAAAUAAAAGAUGUGAAUACAAAGGAAAGAGUAUUUUUUUAUAUUCAAACAGUUAACUGACCAGCUCUGUACUCUAGUAUGUUCUAUAUUUAAGCCAUUUUGAUAUAUAUACGUAUAUAUGUAUAUAUAUAAUGUGUGUGUGCUCUUAUGUACUCAAAAUAUUAUGAUAAUGCAUUUAUAUUUUCCUAUAUUUCAAUACAAGAUUAAAUUAAAUUGGU